UGGGUGUGAGGGAAGCCUGGCAUAACUGACGGAGCGAAAGGAGAGGAGUGAGGAGGAGGCGGCGGCCGAUGGGGGGAGACCGAAGGGGUGUGGGGCUCGUGGCAGCUGCGGAGAAGCUCGGAGCGCAGCUGUUGUCUUGCCUUCUUGAAAGCUGGCACCAUGACCUUGACCAAGGGCUCCUUCACCUACUCCAGCGGGGAGGAAUAUUGUGGGGAGUGGAAGGAAGGGCGCCGGCAUGGUGUUGGGCAGUUGACAUUUGCUGAUGGCAGCAUUUACCUGGGACACUUUGAGAAUGGUCUCUUCAAUGGCUGUGGGGUGCUCACUUUUGCAGAUGGCUCCAGGUACGAAGGGGAGUUUGUACAGGGAAAAUUCAACGGCGUUGGAGUCUUCACACGGUAUGACAACAUGACCUUUGAGGGAGAAUUCAAGGGUGGACGUGUUGAUGGCUUUGGGCUUCUGACUUUUCCUGAUGGCUCUCACGGAAUCCCCCGCAAUGAAGGCUUCUUUGAGAACAACAAACUCUUGCGACGGGAGAAGUGCCAGGCAGUGGUCCAGCGCGCUCAGAGUGCCUCUAAAUUGGCGCAUGGCCUCACAGCAUGAUGGGUGCAAGCUCUAAAGCACCCUACCCCAGGACUCGCCCAUGAAACUGCAGCUCAGCCUGGGGGUUGGCAGGAGUGUGGAGUGCAGGAGUCACAGAGACAGACACCAUCUCUAGGAGGUAGAUGAUCCCACAUCAGCCCUGAUCAGGUGGGCAGCCUACCCAAGUCACUUCCUUAAAACAGCCUGGCCCCUAUAGUGCAAUCCGGUGCCAAACCUCAACUUAUAGAGCCACUGUCCCCUGCCAAACAGAGAGUCUGUCACUCCUGAGGCUGUGGCAUUCCUUUGUCAAGAGCGUUCUCCAUAGGACAGUCUUCUAGUGCCCCAGUUGCGGUGGGAACGGCGGGGUGUGUGUGUGUGUUAAUGCUCCCACCAUCACCUUAGAGGCACAAGGAGUGACUCACUAAUGCUUAGACAUCAUUUUACCUUUUUCUUAGCUUGAGACUAAUGCAGCUGAGAGUUCAUGAGAUUAGAUGGGUUGGUCUUCAGUGUUCAAGGGAGAAGUUGGAACUUGCAUUUAGCACAGCUUCCUGUCGCCCUCCACAGCUCUAAACCUCUGGUUCUCUCUCUUGUCGCUUCAAUGGGGUUCUUCGUUCCUUUUAUUUAUUUAUUUAUUUUUAAUGCAAAAAUGGAAAAUUUAUAUACUGCAGAAUUCUAGACCUUCUGAAUGUGCCUUUCCCCGAUGUUGUACAUCAGCCCAAAGAAGGAGACCUGAGCUGCAAUGCCUGCCAUCCUUUAGGCCCUAGAGUAUAUCUGGGACGCACUACCAUUGCUUUCUGCCACUGCUUUCUGAUGCUUUAUCCAGUUCACUUGGGCCAUUCUCACUGUGAGUAUUUGGAUUGCCCCUUGGGUGAAAGUCAGCUUUUCUCCCUUAUAUAAGGUCUGUGCUCCUUGACCCGGAGGGAGAGAUCUUCCAGAGCUGUUGCAUGGCAUCCAUGCACCAUAGUGCCAUAGACACAGGGCUGCGUGUAUUCUGCCCUUCAAAAAUGACAAUUCUGUACAAAGAAAAGCUGAAUUCUGCAACAUGUAUAAAUUACACAGAAAUAAUUGGCAUAUAAUUAUUUAUUUUGCAUGAUUUCUGCUUUUGCUAGUAAUAGGAAAAGGCAAAAGUGCUUUGGAGAGCACUAAUGCCGUAUCUCUUGAACACCUGUGCAUUCCCUAACUCUCUCUUCCAGUUUCUCAGAAUUUAUCAGGCAUUGCCUGAAUGCUUUUAAGCCUAUCUUUUGCUGCCUUAAUGGCUAUAAAUUUGCUUUAAAAUAUACAACCGAUUCUCAUGAUGCUGACUGCUGUGUCCAAUAUUGUUGAAUGCAGUCACAGAGAAAUGACAUACACACAGCCCUGUAGAUACCCAAAAGAAGUGGUGUCCAUCCCCAUUUUGUCCACUAGGUCCAAAGAGGUGGUUGCACUGAGAUCUGGUAAUGCUGUGUAGCUCUUUAGGAGCAUUUUGGUAGGGGAAGUAAGUGAGCACUGGAGCCUUCAAAAACUUGAGUGUGUGCAGGGCAUCCCUAAUACAUUUGCAUGCAAAGCUGGGGCAAUGACGUGGAAGAAAAGAAACAGCUUCUGGGAGGGUCCUCGCAGGCUGAAUGGAAAUAUAGGGCUGGGCUAGCAGAAGGGGAAAGCUAGCUGUGGGAUAUCAGCCUGUGAAAUGAUGGGCUGGGGGGUUGAGUUGGGACUGAGUGGCCUUUGAAGAGCGACUUAGUUUCUACCCAGCCACUUUGUGUUUCUGUGCACUGAAAGUAAACAUGGGAUUGUUUCGAGACUGGGGGGUGUUCUUAGCCAAGCAUUGACCUGCAUGGUGUGUGUCCCUAAGUGCCAUGCUGGAGCCUCUUGUUACCAGCCCACCUCCACACUGAAUGUCUGCGUGUCAAUGCCACCCUCGUGCCUUUUGUGUCUCUGCCCAUGUAAGGGCCUUGGCCAAAUAAAGAGUUGCUGAA